AUGAACGAAUCCGGUAUCGUUACGGAGCGGAAGGGAGUAGAGGAUAAAAUGGAUGACAAUGAAAAUUACAUCGAGUGUUCGAAGAUGAACUUUUCACAGUUCACGAAUCCAUUCGCUGGACCGAAUCAGUUUACCGCCGGAAAGUUUCCCCAGAAUCUUACCACGACAGCAUCGAAUGGACAGGUUCUGGGAUUGGUGUCUGGAAGCGAGGGAGCCAUGCAGUUCCUAAGGCCUGUGGAGGGAACGGCCGUUAGUGCGGCUUCAGCAAUGUUCCAUCAGCAACAGUCGCAGCAUGGACAGGUCGUCACAACUGCCGGUAUGCCGCACCCAUCAAUGGCAUCUCCCGCCUACAUCACACUCCCAAUCACGAUGCCCGGUGCGAAACCGGGUGACGCACAGCAAACCGUCCAGAUUCAGGUGUUAAACCCAAACCCGCUACCGUCGCAAAUGGCCGGAUCCGGUGCGGCCGGACAGACGGGCCAAACCGGUACAGCGCAAUCGGGAACGACACCGAAGUUUCAAAUGGGUCAAAUGCAGAUACCCAUCCAGGGAUUUCAACAGGGCACAACGGUGCUUACGGUAGCGUACAGUCCCCAGGACGAAGAAGUCCUGCACAACCAAGGCCUGCCGGAGGGUAUGACAAUAGUGGCCGCACUGCAACCCCAAGACUUGCAGCUACUCGCGUCCCAAAACCCUGGCUCCACUACGAUACUGCAACAGCACCAGCAACAGCAGUCCGGUCUCUCCUCGAACAACACAUCAUCAUCGGGCGGCGUGAAGAUCGAUAGCGAAAAUCCGCCCCCUUUACGGCAGAUUAAGCAAGAAUCUCCCGCCAUCUGGAAUCAACCGACGCUCGUACCGACUUCGAUGCAUUCGACCAGCAAUAUCAUAGAAAUGGUGCAGCAACAGCAGCAGCAGCAUCAACUACACCACCUUCACCAGCAGCAACAGCAGCAACAGCAGUCGCGCCCUCCGCAAAAUCUCAACCUGCAGCCAUACUUAAAGUUUAACAACAAUAACAACGGCACAAACCCAGCGAUGACGACCAUCAUGAACGGUAGCCACGUGCUGCAGCAGCUGGUGCUACCGACCGGGGUGACGAUAGCACCCGGUAUCAUCAAGCAGGAAGUGACGGAUGAUCAUUCGAACGAAAACACCCAGUUCGGUCCGGCGGACAGUACGGGCCAGGGAGAGAAUGGAACCGAUGGCUCGCCGGAUGCUCGCAGCGUGCCGGGCAUUAAUGGGCGAGACCACGAAAACGAAGCUGGUGAGAAUGGGGAUGGUACUGGUGCGGGUGGCAACGGGACCACACCCAGCGGGAAAGCUCGAAAGAAGCGCAAGUACAAAACGAAACCACCGAAGCCGAAGCGACAGAAACCGGGCCAGGUACACAUCGCCACCGCCAUCGACGGGACGGUACUGUUCUGCUGUCCCGAAUGUCACAUGGCCUACCCGGAGAAGGAAUGUCUCGAGCAGCAUCUGGUGGUGCACAAGAUCGAGCGACGGUUCAUAUGUGAUAUCUGCGGUGCUGGGCUGAAGCGCAAGGAGCACCUGGAACGGCACAAGCUCGGUCACAACCCCGAGCGGCCGUUCAUAUGCAACGUGUGUGAGAAAGGUUUCAAACGAAAGGAACAUCUCAACUUGCACUACGUCAUACACAGCGGUGUUAAGACGGAGAUCUGUAACGAUUGUGGGAAAGGUUUCUACAGGAAGGAUCAUCUCCGGAAGCAUAUAAAGUCGCACCUUACCAAGCGACUGAAGGAGGAAAAGGCAUCCAAUCGCAAUAACAAUAACAAUAAUAAUAAUAAUAAUAGAAACACAACCAAUGGUGCUAACACCACGACAACGACCAUCGCCAACGGUGCGCCAAGCACGUCGAUAGCUUCGUUACCGACGGGCAUCCCUUCCGGAUUGACAAUAACGACUGCCAGUGGGAGCAUGCAGAGUGGCACAGGAGAUAGUGUAGAUGCGACGGCUGUUGGUCAAUCGGUCGUAGCACAGCAGAACUCAUCGACCCAAAAUCUAUUACAAAGUGCAAUAAGUCUACCGCAAGGUGUAACGAUACACGUACCUACCGCGGAUAAUCAAACGCUUCCGGUCCAGAUCUCCUUACCUCAUCUGGUAGCACAGCAACAGACGGAUACCGAUGGCAGCACCAGGACGGUUCUCGUGUCCAAUUCGCCAGAAAACUUGAACCAUCUGCACAGUACGAUCAGCACGACCACAACUACCACCAGCUCGUCCUCGUCCACACCUGCAUCGACCGCAUUAUAA